UGCCCCUCUCCUCUGGUCCUGGGCUCCAGACAGGAUGUUUAUGGGGAGUUCCAAAUUGCCCCUUGGAAUAUUGAGUCGUUGGAGAGUGUUUCCUGUUUUUGAGACAGUUAGGGAGUUCGACCAAUGAUAGGAAGCCGUUCCUUCCUGUUCAGGCUGGCUGUGGAGGCUGUUUGAGGAAGGGGGUGGUGCUUCCUCAGGCUGGCCAUCCACACAGCUGGCCUACACUCCCAUCACAGAACAGAGAUCGAGCUGGAGCAGGUUCUAAUGGCACAUUUCGAUGGGAAAGAGGACACAAAAGAAUCAAUGAGAGAUGUUAGAUUGCCAACCAAAAAGUCUGUCUCAACUGAUGCUGGUCAUGUGACGGAGUUCUCUGGGUGAUUGAGCUUCACUGUCUGAACCAUCCGCAGCGGAUACCAAUUCUAUUCACAACACUGGGAUAGGUCUCAUUGAGAACCCUGUGUUUCCAUUCAGAAGUUCCGUUCAGAACUUAGAGUAAAGUUCCAUUCAGAAUGCAGAGCAGGAUUCCAUUUAGAACACCAUCACCACUAGAUGGAGUUCUUUACCCCAGAAUCAAAGCUUUCUCAAAUGAAGACUGGGUCAUAGACCUGACCAAGGCAAACCAGCCCAGACAUAUCUACAGUGUUGGAGAGCAGUGGUUGUGACUUUCUUAGGACUCAGCUUGUGUGUUCAGUAUUAGAGGUCAUGGGGUCAAGGUUGUCUUUGGCUGGGUGGACUUGCAGGACCCAGAGAAAGUCUGGCAUGUGAAGGUUUAACUUGGAGUGAGGAGAGGAGAAAGUCUGCACAUGAAGGGUUAACUCCCGGAGGGAGGAGCAGAGAGAACAGUGUUGAGUUUCGGUCCUGCCCCUCUUCUCCCCUUCCCUUCCCCCCCCUCCUGCCUCCUGUCCUAUUCUCACUCAGAGCUGACUUCAGGACAUGUCGGCACAGACACCUUGAACGAGCUCUCUCGUAUCUGGCUGCCUGGUACUGGUACUGGUACUGGUGCCGCUACAGAACCAGCCUCCACCUGGCCAGUUUGGCGGAGUGUCCAAGCGGAAAGGUUCGUCUCCAGGAUUGUCUCCAGCUGAGGAGGACAAAGGGGAGGAGGGGAUCUCCUGGGAGAUGGCCACACCACACAACCUGUGUGUGAGCAUGCUGACCGCUCUGCUCUUUUGUAAAUACUCCUUGACUGAGAGCAACACCACAACUACCGUCAUGGUGGCUGCCACCACCGUCACCGAGCAACCUGGCAACCGCACCACUGCCUGUCGUCACAAUAGCAACAGGAACAACUGCACAGACUCCAAGGACACAGGCCAGUGGAGCGGUCAUUUCUCAAAGUGUCCCAAAGAGCUGCGCCACUACUGCAUCCAUGGGGUGUGUCGUUAUGUCCAGGAGCAGAACACGCCAUCAUGCAGGUGCGAGCGGGGCUACGUGGGCGCCAGGUGUGAGUAUGUGGAUCUGGGCUUGAGGGUCGCAGAGCGGCGCCAGAUCAUCAUCGCCUGCGUCAUCGCGGGCCUCGUCUUCCUCAUCCUCCUCAUCGUCUUCAUCUGCAUCUGCACACACUGCAGACAGGGCGUGUGCAGACGGAGGGGGAGGAGGGAGGAGAGCAGGAACUCCACGGAGAAGCUCCACAUGGUGAUCACCAGCGCUGGAACUCAUGAACCACCGCUGGACGCAACUGAGACCUCGCACACCAACACCGUCUGAGUAAUGGCAGUUGACAUGCUCUGCUGGAGAGACUACAGGAGGGACCACAGCUCUGGACUUCACGGACCCUCAUAGAUGCCGUAUGAACACAGAGACAACGAUCACAGGGAGAACAAGGGUCCUUCCAGUACUAUAGAGAGUCUCAGUCUCCAUCAUGAGGAGAGGUGGGCCCAAUGCUCUCCACCUCUCCAUCUUCACCCUGUGACCCUGCAUGGUCCUGGAUGCAGACCCACAGCCUCCAAGCAGAAGAGGAACCAGGAAGGAUCUGGAGAUGGAACUGUCGAGACCCCUGACGCAGUACUGUAACUGAACUAGCCACAGUGGCCAGAUGCU